AUGGCGGGCAGGUCGAACCCGUGGGCUAUGCGCAGGUCUACGGACCUUGUAAUCUCAUGCUGCCGAGGACAAUCCGCUCUCGCUUCCGCUGGCCCAACAGCCUCAAGGUCAAGGCCCCGCGCACUCGUCGCGCAUUCGACACGCUGGCUUCGAACGACCGCGCCGCGGACCACGGAUGGCGUCUUCCGUGGCUUGACGGACGGCAGGCUGCCCACGCCGUGGAUCGAGGCUUUCCGAAAGCAGCAGGCCGACAAAGACAAUGCAGCCCGGGAAGCCCGCCUCCAGCCGCCUCGCGACCUCAGCCCUAGGAAGAUGAGUGACAGCUACCACCGCGUUAUCCUGCCCUUGGGUCAGGAUCCCUGGCUGUCUGACACCUACAUCAACUCAUCGGGACACAUCAGGCUGGGGACUAUUUUCAUGGACCUGGACGCUCUCUCGGGAGUGAUCGUUUACAAGCACACCGGGCCAGGCGUGACGACUGUGACUGCAGCGCUGGACCGCAUCACCAUAGCUCACCCGCUGACCGAGAUAUGCGACCUCGAGUACUCUGGCCAGGUAACCUAUGCCUCGGGUAGGAGCAGCAUUGAAAUCACCUGUCGGGUUGCUCGGGCUCGACCCGAGGGCGAGCCAGCCAGGCCCGAGGACGAGCUGCUCACCUGCACUUUCACCAUGGUCGCACUGGAUCCCGAGACCAAGAAGCCCGUCAACAUUCCCGCCCUUGUCUGCGAAACACCGGACGAGGAGGCGAUCUUCAAGGCGGGGGAAGCCAAAUCGUUGGCCAAAAAGAAGAUGAGCAAGACGUCCUUGCUAGCCACCGAACCCAACGAUCCCGAGUCGGCUCUGAUUCACAGCAUUUGGCUAAGGCAGCUCCGGUACCACGACCCGAACGACCCCCUUCGUCAGCCUCCCAACGUGGUGCCCAUGAGCACCACACAGCUGUCGACGGCCGCAAUAAUGCAGCCCCAGUACAGGAACAGACAUCAGACUAUGAUCUUUGGAGGUUUCCACCUAAAACAGACCUUCGAACUGGCCUUUUGCUGCGCGGCCAGUUUUGCGCAUGCGCGUCCCACAUUCAUCAGCGCCGAUCCUUGCACUUUCCGAAACCCUGUCCCGGUGGGCAGCGUCUUAUAUCUUCGAGCAACGGUUGCUUAUACUGACCCGCCUCUGUUGGAGGAGAAUGGCAGUGAGCCGAAGCACAAAGACUUGAAGCGACCUGUGACGAGAGUGCACGUGAGAGUUGAUAGCAAGGUCAGAGGGCAGUUCAAUUACACAUUCUCGGUACCAAAAGACGUUAAAGUGUUACCGCAUACGUAUCAAGAAUACAUGAUGUAUAUUGACGCCAGACGGAGAGUCAAGCUUGGGGACAUACAGUCUCGUGAGGAGCGAACCGGCUCGACACAGGAGCAGAGGCAGUUGGCCGAGGAUAUGAAUCUCACCGAGUGA